CGCGUACGACUUGUAUCCGACUUAAAAUUUUUAAUUGGACGUUAUUCAUCGGUCAAUAUGAUCAUUCAACAUCGAUUUUUGUUACUUAUUCAUAUUUUAUGCUGUGCUGCAAUUCAUGGCAUUUUAUUAGACGCAAACGAUGCCGAAACUUGCAAUUUACUAUGCAUAAAAUGUAACGCUUCCGCAGUAUUUGCAAACGAUCACUGUGAAUGCAAUUUUAUUGACGACAGUAACAAAGGUGCAGAAUGCAUACAGCAUAUACAAAAAGAAAUUCAAGCUGUCGAACUGAAUAUGCUUUCUGAUGAUCUGACAGACGAGGAGCGAAAAAUACGUUCUGUUUUAAAAUACAGGCGUCGUCUCAGACCAGAAUACGCAUCGUACGUGAGUCCGACUAUUCAGGGAGUAGAUAUUUCGGCCUUAAGGACGAUGAAACAACCCUUUGUCUAUCCACCAACCGGAGUGUACGAUCCAACAAUGAUUCCGUUGAGCACAAUUUCUCAUCCACAUGGACUACCUCACACUUUAUUAAGAGCGGUCACAUUUCCUGCACACGUUUUGCACCGUAUACUGCACCCUCGUCUGUACCAUCAUUAUCCUCUGUACCAUCGCGGUGUCAUCAGAAGUACUAAUUUCCCACAGGAUAAAUCAGAUACAGAUCAGACUGUUGGUCAAUGUGAAAAUAAUGAUGAUUCCAAUACUUCUAACCUUCCUAAUGCCAGAAGUAAUGCAGAUAAACCUGCUGAACAAAAUGUUCUUGGAUUGAAUGAUCCGUUGCAGUAUCCAGGAGCAUACAUUGCAGACGCAUUAUACCAACCAAUGCAAUAUCAGAAUUACCCAUACAAUUCUUAUUAUAAUCCUUGGAUAAACAUGGUCCAUUCCAUACCUAAUGGAUAUCUUCUUCAACCUAUGUCGCUUCCUAUGUCGCUAUAUCCACAAGAUAAAUUAUCGGAUCCAUGGACUUCUGCGUCCAAUCCACAAUCUUUUUGCAAAAAUAAUGUAAAUACUGAACAGAAAAAUGAAGUUUUAUCUACUGAUAAAACUAAAUAUUUGAAUGGAAUAGAAAAAUCUAACAAUACAACUAAAAACAACAUUCCUAACGAAGAAAAGAAAACAGUGAAAAAUGGAAACGAUAAAUCAUAAGUAGGAUAAAUUAAAUGCAUUGUAUAUAUCUAAUCUAUAACAAAAUAUAAAUUUAAAUUUCUUAUUAUUGUCAUAUUUGUACUACA